AUGGAUGCACAUCCUGGCUUAUUGCUUAAUGAUGCUGCAUUUGCUCGCGUGCCUGAACAGAAUAAGCCUGUAUUUAUCUAUGACUGGCUGCGCAGUCUCGACCGACGGCUUUCCCAAUCGACAAAAACCGAGGUUAGAAAUGUUCAACAGGCUUUAACUGACCAACUUAUGAACCAAGUUACUCAAGGCGUAGGUCCGCCAUCCCGCAAACUGCUAGGAAGAUGUUUAGCAAAAGUUUUUACCACAGGCGACUCAAUUUCUCUCUACGCGGUGCUGAACAGCUGUAAUGACGCACUCAAAAUUCGUGACGAUAGUCCCACGACGAUAAACAAACGGUUAACUGCUUUAACCUGCCUUGGUGUCAUUUAUCGAAGUCUUGGGCGGCUUUGUGGCCGCUCUUUUGAAGAGACUGUCGGUAUUUUAACCAAGAUGAUUAAACAGUGUCUCAACAGCUUAACCCAGUAUCACCCGCAUUUCUUCAUCAGUGAUUUAGACGCGGUAAUGAGUAUGUGCAUAAAGGGUUUGGAUGGAUCAAACCACGCUGUUCGAAUGGAGAUCUCCAAGUUGCUCGGUUUCGUUCUGGCCAAAACUCAGUUGGAUUCGGGCGUUUCAGGAACUAUCGGCAACGGGAAUUCGGUCACUGGUAACACUUCAACUGGCGGUGUUUUGCCGAACCAAAACCUCACUGCAAGCCGGAACAAACCUACCACCUUGGACGACAUCUUCACCCUCCUUUCAUCCGCUUUCUUACGCGGUCCCAGUCGCUUUCACAAGGGCUCCAACAGCGUCAGUCGUGAAGUUCGCGCUGGCAUCACCUAUGUCUACUUGGAGUUCUUCACCCAUAUGGGCUCUGAUUGGCUAGUAACGCACAGCUACACCAUACUCUCCCAUUGCCUCUCCCUCCUCACAAGCCCUCGCACUGCCUCCACUCCCAGUGAGGCAGCUUUCACGCGUCUCUGUGUAGGAGGACACCUGCUACCGCGUCUGCUACGUCGACACUUCUCGGAGGCAGCUCAAAUCGCGGUGGCGCGGCAUCUUCUCGCCCUUCUCUCUACGCGAAUGCGAAAACGCACAAAUCAACCCCAACAGGGACAAUCACAGUUGAGGGGACUUGGGAAGGGCCUGCGACCGGUUAGAUCUGCAGAACAGUUGGACGGGCAGACAACCGGGAGUCCUAAUAGAAGUGGGAGUGGAGGGGGAAGUGAAGACGGGAAUGGUGGUGCAGGUAAUAUUGGCGGUAGCGGCGGAGGUGCGGAUGAUGCGAACUACCUAAUAUGCUGUUUGGAUGUUCUAACGGAGGUGAUUAGGUGGCUGGACUCCAGCGUUGCUCCCAUUCUCUCGUCUCCGUCAAACCUCGUAGACACCCUUUUUGACGCUUUCUUGUGUCACACUUCCCUGGGUGUGCGAGUUGCUGCUGCCGCAGUCCUCCGCCAACUGGCUAUUGCACUGCCAAGUCAGCGGGUGCCCCUGAUGGAUCGAUGCAUGGGCGCGCUGAGCUCCGCCGCUUCAGCUGAUAGCAUCUCCGGUCACAGUCUUGCGUUGGGUGGGCUGGUGGCUGGCUCCCGGCUCGGAGAGUUGGGAAUUCCCUGCGCCAAGGGUAGAGCCGUGUUCUCCCUAGCUGAGGAUCUUCUGCGAGCAGCUAAUCAAAAUAGCCGCCUGACAAUGUCACGUACACAGGCGGGUUGGUACCUCCUGGGCGCUUGCAUGGCUCUCGGACCAACCGCGGUACGUCCGCACCUGCCUCGCCUCAACCUCCUUUGGCGGAAUGCCUUUCCACGCAGUACCCGCGAACUGGAGGCUGAAAAACAGCGCGGAGAUGCAUUCACUUGGCAGGUGACUCUGGAAGCACGAGCUGGAGCAUUGUGCUCAAUGCAGGCCUUCCUCGAGUACUGUGCGCCCGCCAUGGCCGGUGAGAACGUGGCGCGACGUCUAUUGUCUCCGCUGGAAUGUGCACUCAAUCUGCUUGAUCAGAUGCCGGAUAUUGUGCGCACCUUCGGCAACCAUCUCGCUGCGCCCGCCGCCCUUCUCCGACUGCGCCUCUACCGUUGUCUCGCUCUCCUACCGCCUAGUGCCUAUUCUGAUUUUAUCAGUAGUAAACUCUUUCAGAAAAAAACUAUAACUAAAAACAUUAAAAAACGCUUCUGUUUUGGUUUGGAUCCUGGACAUCGUGAGAGCCACAAACAAAUUCCCAGACCACCCAAGUUCAUCAAAAAAACACUCGGCGAGAGGAUCGCAUCAUGUGAUCAUUAUUGGUGGUGGGUGCUGCCACUCCAGCGUGAAGGCGGCUUCAACGUUCUGCUGCGAGAGAUAGUGGCGGAGUUUACACUAACCGACUCCUCUUCCACAACGGCCGUCUGUUUAGCCGGUCUGUUAGGUCAGAGUGAGGACAGUGUGGUGCUCAACUCCUGGUGUCGUGCCUCCGAUCAACAACUCGUUGAGGAUGCUCUGGAUGGGAAGGUUUCAUUUAAAAGUUUCUCCACCCUGAACUUCGACCACAAACCGGACGACAAGCCCCUAAUCGUUGCUAUUUCCAACCGCUUUUUAACGAAGCCCACUUUCUCGCUAAUCACUGGCUUCGAUCAUAUCGGCUCUCUUUGUUCGAUUGAGCAACACAACUACUGUCGUCCCGGUUCCCUGAGCAACGACACCGCUUACCUCUUCCUGAAGGAGGGACUUUUAACUGCUGUGGCAAGUUUAUUCACUUCCGACGCCUCCACCAUCGACUUCUCCCUCAAGUUCAUCCUGGAGGGUCAACCCGAGGUCCCUUCCAUGAUCCCACACAAGCAGAGCUCCACUUGUGUCACAGUCGACAACUCUACUACACCCAGCUACCUUACCAAUCACCAGCACCACCGUCAGGGUCCUCCUGCUCUCUCCUCUCGGGUGAUCGAGGCCUCCAUUAACCUCUUUGGUCUCGUCUUUCCCUUCGUCUCCAUCCGCCAUCGAGUGCAGAUGUUGGAGCAUUUCGUGGAGUGCAUCCGGGUUUCUAAGGCUGCACGACAGGAAGCCAUUCAGGUGAACAUCUUUGCCGCUCUCCUCUGCGCUUUGCGACACCUCUCAGAAACCAAGUAUGCCUUUGGCGAAGACAAACAUCUGCGUGAUACGGCGGUUUCACUCGCCAUGAGCGCACUGUCGAGUUCCAACACAGUACUCCGCUUUGCCGCAGCUGAGUGCGUUGGCCGACUGGCGCAGGUAGUGGGGGAAGCGGGUUUUCUGGCGGAUGUGGCGCAGACCUCCUUCGAUCAACUGCGCUGUCUCCGCGACUCGAAGGCCCGUGCCGCCGGCCUCUGCGCCGCCAUUGGCUGUCUUCAUCGUUUCACUAGUGUCUCCGUUCUUCUCGCUGUUGCACAGGAUUCAAGUGCUCCUACUGUUCAGGCUUGGGCACUGAACGCUCUUGCACUAACAUCUGAGUCAGGUGGGCCAAUGUUCCGUGAAUUUGUGCAGCCCAGUCUUAAUCUAGUCCUUCGUCUCCUCCUCAAGACACCUUCAACCAUUACCGACAUCCAUAACAGUCUGGCAAACCUUCUUGGUGCUCUGAUCACCACGUUAGGACCAGAAUUGCAGUCGUCGGGCGGUGGUGGGGGUGGUGGCAAACCGAACAUGGGUCUCUGCUGUCUCCUCUGCUGCUCCAUCCUGCUGGAGCAUCCCGACCCCCUACUCCAGGCUGAGGGCAUUGCCAACUUUCAACGUAUCCAUGUCUUCGCCCCUCACCUCGUAAACCUCAGCCUCUUUGCGCCCUUCCUUUCGGCCUCCAUGACAAGUCCGUACUUUGCUCUGCGCCGCGCCGCAAUCACUUGCAUUCGCCAGAUAAGCCAGAAAGACGCAGACAACCUCUGUGAAGUCAUGGCAGCAGUGUCAACAACAUCCCCUUACUCAGCUAUUUCCACCACCACAACCGGUUUCAUUGGCAAUCUGCCGGGUGAAAAACCGCCAGCCUCGACUGUAUCCACGAAUAUCGCGGCUGAGACGUCUGCUGAAGCUGUCGCCCCGCCUUUGGAAACAGUCCUCUUCAGUCUCCUGGACGUGGAGACGGAUUCGAAGUUGCGCAGCCAUCUUGAGGAGGCCAUUUCGAGUCUACUUCAGGCCCGGGGCCUUAGCCACUUUUCUGGAUGGAUGAGGAGCCUUAAACAGCUACUGCAGUUGACAACCUCGAAGUUUAAUGCGGUCAGGGAAGGCAUUCGAGAAGAGGCGGAUCCUUCGAAACCUCAGCGAUCUCUGAAACAAUGGGCCACCGAUGAUGGGAACAGUGGCAGAGCGAAUGAUAACACUGAGGAAGAAGCAGAUGAGGAUGAUGAUGAGCAGACCCUUGGUGCCAACACGAAAUCACGGGGUGAAAGUUUUCGCCCUGGAGACACAAUCUUUAGUCUGCCUCCAAGAUGGCCUACUCGCAUUCUCGCCAUCGCUUGCCUGCGUCGACUCAUGUGUCUCUGUUACCAGGCUGCCGAGUUAGCUACAGUUGCUCCCCUCUCCACCACAACUACUGCUACAGAAAUCGGCCUCCGUAGUCCCCAGCUCUCUCGUGACUUGCCACUCACUCCGCUGCAGCAACAACAACGGGCACACUUUGACCUCGUUCUGGCACGCAAACUACGUAGCGGUCUGACCGACGUGCCUUGGCUGGUUCUGCAUCUGGCUGAUCUUGUGAGGGUGACUUUUAUAGCGGCCACCGCUAGCAGCGACCAUCUGCGCCGAUUUGGCCUGUUUGCGCUGAAACAGGUCAUCCAGUUCUUUGCGCCAGUGGUUGAUCCUGAUUCGACUGGAAACUACCUUUUGGAACAGUUCCAAGCCCAAAUCUCCACAGCUCUGAGUUCGGCUUUCGCCACCGCCGCCACCUCUGUCACCGCCAUUACUACCGCUCCGCUCCCCGACAUCACUGCAGCCGCCUGCGAGGUGUGCGCAUGUUGGCUGACCUCCGGUGUGCCUCGAGAGGCUGCAGACCUCCGUCGAGUUCACGACCUCCUCACUGCUUCUCUAGAAAUCCUCCGCGCAUCACCUUUCUCAACCUCCGCCUCCACUGCGCUCUUCUCCGAGGCCUGUGUGACUCGACUCAAGCUGGCUGUACUUACCGCCUGGGCCGAGGUCUUCAUUGCUGCGGCGAGAUUCCGAGAGACGGCUCUUCAAACUCUGCAGCUACUCUCUAUUUUGGAGAGCAGCGGAAGGGAGAGUAGCAGUGGUGGAGAUGCUCUAGGUGAUGUAGUUCAACGACAGUUCUUUCUUAUGUUGGCUGGUGACGGUGGUGCUGGUAGUGGAAAUUGGGCCCAGCCAUCCGUCCACGAUGCGUCAAAGCUGUUGGAAGUGUUAGAAAAGGAGGUAGAUAAUGAGGACGAGUUGGAUGAGGAGGAAGAGGACGAGGUGUUCAAUGAGGAGACAGGAGAAUGCAGUGGUAGUGUUGAUGUAAAACGGAAGCGUUUCAUUCGAAAAUCGCGCCGCACAGUUGCCGAGUCACGUCAUUCCUACCAACUUCUCUCGCGCCUAAUUGGUGAUGAUCUCGCCGAACUGGCCUCGGAUUGGCUGGCCGCACUACGCGAUUUCGCACUCAUUAAUCUUCCCGAUGAGCUAGCCUUCCAGCGUCCUUCCACUGCGGGUGCAUUUUACGACACACAGACGGGUAUUGAACAAGUGCGGCCAUUCUACGCGCGUUCUUGGCUUGCAUUGCUGGAAGCUGCUACGCUCUGUUUGAAUACGGAAUCGAAAUGCACCUCCAGGUUGUCCUAUUCUAGUUUUGAGGUCACCGAGAGGCAAACCGUUGUUUCCAUGACACGAGACUCCUUCUUCCUCAUUUUUGGCAUAGCGGUGGAAGCUAUGUCCGACGUCAUCUCCAAACCCCCCACCUCGGUGGUCGCUAAAUGCUUGCGCAUCGUGGAGUUGCUUUUUAUGAAUCCACAGUCACAACCCUACUUCUUUGCUUCUACUCCACGUCUUUUGGUGGAACUGUUGUCGGUACUGCAUCGAAUCAUCUUAACUCGUGACUCCAUUUCUCUACACCUCGCCUGUCUCCGGGUUCUUCAUCUCCUUCUUGCCGCAGCUAACAAUAGACUCCGUACUACUCUAGCUGCUGCAUUGAAUCCCACUGGCAGUGGAAACACCGAAGCAGCCGUUGAAGCCAUUCCAAUUUGGUUGGAGACGGGUCAGAGUCUUGAGGAACUACUAGCCGUUCUCCUCUGUCCUUGCGCCACCGACAUGGAGGUCGUGCUGAAGGCCCUUGAACUUGCUGAUGGUGGCGCCAAAUCCUGUUUUGAAGAACCGCCCGAUUCUUCCUGCCGCCUGGUCCUCGCCAUACUCCAAGUAAUCGUCUGUCUGCUGGCUCGUUACCAUCCUUCCGUUCUGCAAUCACCAGUGUCGGAGCAGGCUCAACCUUUAAAGUCCUCAUCAGCUUUUCCCAAAUCAACGGCAGCUCAACAUAGAAAGGCACCGGUGAUUUUGGCUAGCGCAGUUCACGCUCUAACGGCAUUGCUUCGAAUUGCUUCACCUGACAUCCUUUCAAUCAAUCCGGAUAAAAAGGUUUCGGGUGUUCUGCCUGUCAUGUGUCGAUUGGUGUCGCGAAUUGCUCAGUUGGAGCUCUUGAAUCCCUCGCACAUUGGGAAACGGGAGUCGAGACCAGCACCAAUAAUAAGUUCCCCAGGUCUGAAAGAGGAAGACAAAGCAACGGACGUAGUUAGCCUGGGAUCCACCUCGACUAUAUCUACCGUCGCCGCCAACGCCGCCUCCGCCCCUACAGCUGCUACGUCUGGUCCGCCAGACCUCGGUACAAUCUCUGCCAGUGCCUUUAAGACAGCUAUCACCGCGGAGACAGACAUCACCUCCACAAGUUCUGGCGCCAACGAUACGGCCUAUUCUACUACCGUUACCGCUGCAGAAGUCGCGGCUUUCAGCGCCGGGGGACGUGGCUGUGCCAGUCUCAACGCCAAAUUAGGAUGGAGUCAGGAACAGGCCUGUCUAGCUGACGCGUUGGUCGCUUUUCUCGCCACAGUGGCGCAACAUCACUGCCGACCUGCUUCUGCUACCACUGCCACCUCUGCGGCUACCGCCGCCGCCGACAUCACCACCUCUGUUGAUGCUUCUUCAGGUGCCGCUGCAGAGGCGGUGGAUGAUGCAGUGUCUAGCAGCACUCUGCCCUCCGUUAGCCAGCCUCAUAAUACUACUUCUGGUGUUGUUUUCAAUGAUUCUGGGGAUACGCCGCCAUGCGAUUGGCAUCAGCUUGUGAUUGCUUGUUUGUUAACCUUCGUCCAACAUGAUCAUGCUGCUGAAGAUGCGUCAAUGAUGGUGGUGGGGGAGACAAAUGGAGGAGUAAUUGAGCAGGAGCAAACCGCACGGUGCUGCCUCAUUGCAGCGUGUCUCUCAGCUCGAGUGAUCGCCGCAGCGCCACUGGCGGUGUUUCGCUGUCGUGCCGUCGAGUUCGGUAUCUUUGAUUUGCUGACAAGGGCCUGGCGCGACGCAUCAUCAUCGGGGUCACCACAAGCUCCUUUGAAUGGCGCUACGACCCGUACUGUCUGUCUUGCUGCCAUCGAAAUGCUCGUCAACCACCACGAUGCUGAUGUCAGUUCCUGCUGUGUGAAGACUCUUAUGCCUCAGGUGUUUCACUGGUUGUACGAGCUCUCUCUGGUCACUGCCACGACCUCUGGGGCCAGUCUUCCAAUAACGGCAUCAACAGUGGAUGUGUUUGGAGAAACGCAAUCACUAACAUCACAACAGCAAGUUCGCCGUCUCUUCCUCUCCAGCCUGGAGGAAGCUGUAUCCGCUGCCAUAGCACUUUCCGUCAACGUUGUGGACAUUGCCGAGGCCUCAGGACGUCAAAACCUUCUCAUAAUCCUUUUGCCCCUCUUUUGUGACCUGCUUCAUGAUGCUGAUGCUAUUAGUAGCGGUGAUAAUAGCAACAACGAUGGAAUGGUCGCAGUACGUCGAAUGCUUCACCGUCUGGCAUUGAAGAACCUGCUUGCUCUGGGUUCUCGCUACCCCGCAGAGUUCCGACAUGUGGUGGCGAAGGUUGCUGGUCUUAAACCGAGAAUCGAGGCUGCCGUGAAAGCGUCAACAACUGCUACCGGUACCUCCACCAGUGCAACUUCGACGAAGAAAGGGGCAACAGUCACGUCUCAACAACAUCAACAACAACCGCGGGCUGCGAUUAAAUUGAAGAUGGAGUUUUCCAACUUCACCUAG